AUGAUGCCUCUUCGUCAAUUCGAGGGCGUUCCUGCUGAAGUGAUCAGAAAGGCAGAAGGCAAACAAUUCCCUUGGUAUCAUUACUUCAAUCUGGUACACUUUGUCAACCUUGUUUUUAGCCGCGUUGCUCAAAGUUAUUUAGGCCCCGUCCUGAAAUUGGUGAACUCAUCGAAAUCCCUAACACUGGACGCUGGACGGCUGGUGCACCAUUUCCAUAGCUUCCCAGAGCUUCAGCUCCAAGCGCAAGUACAACCCAUCACUCGGUCAAUCCUUCAAAUCGAUCUUUCUAUCAUACCUGACUUUCGAUGGGAUGAAAAAAUCCAUGGUAUGGCGGAGACCAUCCUCACCGCGGUGGAAGAUGUGGAUGGCGAGUUGAUACUCUUCCCUGACUUGUUCAUCCUUCGUCAACAAUAUGCGGAAGAUGAACAUAACAUUACACUUACUGUGCCCAUGUUCGAACCCAUCUCACCCAACUACUACACCUAUACCAUCUUGGAUUGCUGGCUUCAUGCCGAAACUCGGCUUCCCACUUUUUUCAAAUAUCUUAUUUUGUGCGAAAAGUUCCCACCUACUCUGCUCCUCGACCUACAGCCUCUACCUCUCUUUACCUUGCACAACAAGGAAUUCGAAUACUCCUUGACGAUCCAGACCUUCAACAAGAUCCAAACCCAGGAUCUCCAAGUUCUGCAUACAACAGACGAAAAUGUCUUCAUUGGUGCGCCUACCAGUAGCGGGAAGAAUAUCUGCGCAGAAUCUGCUCUCCUACGUCUUUGGAGUUGA